ACAGGUUGUGCGAAUCUUGCUUGUGUUGUGUGCGAUAAAUAAUCGCCAAUUCGGCAAAAGUGUCGUCUUCUUUCUUGGUUAAACUUUCCAGUAUGAGUGUGCGAUGAUAUGACUCGUUUAUUCAUUACGAGUAUAUCAUACAACAUCGUACAACGCGGUGAUAACUAGCUGCACAGAAUAGCUGCACAGAAUUUUUACUGAGCGUCCCACCGGUCACGCGUCCAGAGGCCGAGAUCGGUCGAAAUGGAAUCAGCAGGACAAAAUCAGCCACCUAAUAAUAUCAGUGACGGAUCCGACACUAAGGGCAGCUGCUUGUUACUUCGCUAUGCCAGCCAAAAUUCUCUGGAUGAGAGUUCGCAGAAGCAUGUUCCUCGUGAGAAUGGGAAGGAUAAACCACCAUAUAGGAAUCAUCAUCACACGAAUAGAGCUUUUGAUGUCAUCAACGAGAUGAGAAAGAAAAAUUUACUCUGCGAUGUCAUCUUAGUAGCGGAUGGUGGUAUGGAAGUACCGGCUCACAAAAUGGUUCUCGCUGCAUGCAGUCCUUACUUUUACGCUAUGUUUACAAGUUUUGAGGAACGUGAUCAACAAAGAAUAACGUUGCAAGGCGUGGAUUAUUCGGCAUUAGAAUUAUUAGUAGAUUAUGUUUACUCUGCAGAAGUCCACGUUACAGAGGAUAACGUACAGGUACUUCUACCUGCUGCAAACUUGUUACAACUAACGGAUGUACGAGAUGCCUGUUGCGAUUUCUUACAAGCUCAAUUACAUCCGUCUAAUUGUCUCGGUAUUAGAGCGUUUGCAGAUCUGCAUGGGUGCCUCGAGUUGUUGACGCACUCAGACAGUUACAUCGAACAGCAUUUUUCAGAAGUGGUUGACGCAGAAGAAUUUUUAACAUUGGAACCUGAACAAGUAGCUAAACUUAUCUGUAGCGAUCGUUUAAUGGUGCCUUCUGAAGAAAAAGUAUUUGAAUGUGUUAUUUCAUGGGUACACCACGACCUCGAAAAGAGACAAAAUGAUUUGGCAUUGUUAAUGGAGCACGUGCGCUUGCCUUUGCUUUCUCAAGAAUAUUUAGUGCAACGUGUGGAAGAGGAACCGCUUCUCAAAGCUAAUUUACAAUGUAAGGAUUUUUUGAUCGAAGCCUUAAAAUAUCAUUUACUGAAGGGUGAGCAAAAGUCAUUAUUCAAAACACCGCGUACCAAACCAAGACAACCGAGAGGAUUACCUAAAGUAUUACUCGUUGUUGGUGGCCAAGCUCCAAAGGCGAUCAGGAGCGUUGAAUGUUAUGACUUUAAAGAGGAAAGGUGGUAUCAAGUUUCUGAAUUACCAACACGACGUUGCAGAGCUGGACUCUGUGUUCUUGGCGGACGCGUAUACGCUGUUGGUGGAUUUAACGGAUCAUUAAGAGUACGAACAGUUGAUAUUUAUGAUGCUGCAGCGGAUCAAUGGUCACCUUGUCCCGAGAUGGAGGCGAGGAGAUCGACACUCGGUGUAGCCGUACUCGGCAAUUGCGUUUACGCUGUUGGUGGCUUCGAUGGUUCGACAGGAUUAAAUUCGGCUGAAGUUUAUGAUCCACGGACUCGCGAAUGGAGACCAGUUGCACGAAUGUCAACACGGCGUAGUAGCGUAGGAGUCGGUGUUGUCAAAGGAUUGCUUUAUGCCGUUGGUGGCUACGAUGGAGAAUCUCGUCAAUGUCUUUCUAGUGUUGAGUGUUAUAAUCCGGAGAAGGAUCAAUGGAAACCUGUACCUGAAAUGUCUGCACGUCGCAGUGGUGCAGGUGUUGGUGUCCUGGAUGGUGUUUUAUACGCGGUAGGAGGUCACGAUGGUCCACUAGUACGAAAAAGCGUAGAAGCAUUUAAUCCGGAGACAAAUCAAUGGACUCCUGUCAGUGACAUGGCAUUAUGUCGACGUAACGCCGAUCCACACAAUCGAAUCAUGAAGAGGGUAAUGUAUACCGCGCCUCAAGAUGGCCCGAUAGUGACUGGGAUGGCGUGAAGGCCCGACACGGAAGACGCCAGGUUGUGCGGCGGUGAUCUUCCUGAUGAUCUCAAGAUGGCGGCUUUCAGACAUCACGUGGUAACUGCAACGUGGUGAUGUGAUGUGACUUAGCGGUUCUUCGUGGUCCACAGCAGCAGCGGCUUUUUACUAGCAGCAGUUACUCAGUGUUGCUUUGUUACGAUGCCCGCUAAAGUGAUAUUUUAGGGAAAUAGGAUCUUUGGGAUGGUCGGGUUAAGAAUGCGUAGUAAUCCU